CUUUGCAAGCCGAGAGCCAGACGCGCUGAGCUCCCACCCGGCCAGUCCUCUCGGGAGCCGCACGGUCGAGUUCGCCUCUUGGCCCCGCCGCGUUGCCGUAGCGGCGGGCGCCGCGGAGCCUGCAGGCGCGGAAAUUCCUGCGGGGGGCCGGAAACUUAGUGCGGCGUUGAACGGAGUGAAGACUGAAGUGGCGAAGAGAGAGAAGGGUGGCGGGGACAACCGUGGAGUAGCGCAAAACCACCCCCUCCCCCGCGCCACAAAACCAUAGAGGGACUGGACCUGCUGUGCUGCAGGAAAACUGGGGGAGGGAAUAAAUACCACCUGCUAGUCGAGUGAAGUAGCCAAGGUGCAUCCAUGGAUGAGGCCAUUCGACUGGUGUCAUCCGGAGACGAUGUGAAGAUCUGGAACUCGAGCUCUAUGACAGUAGUCGAGCAGUUCAACCCCCACAGCAUCACUCACCCUGUGUCCCGAGUGUGCUGGAGCAGCAACAAUCAUUUCUUGGUUAGUGCCAGUGCCAGCGGGGACAAGCUGGUGGUGUCGAGCUGUAAGUCUUCUCCUGUCCCAGUGCUGGAGCUUGCUGAGGAGAAAAGGCAGACGCGUGUGAGCCUGAACUCCACAUCUCAGUUCAUGGUGAGUGGUGGCCUGGACUGCACGGUUAACAUCUGGGACCUGAAGACCAAGAAGCUGCAUCGCUCCCUCAAGGACCACAAAGAGGAGGUUACUUGUGUGGCCUUCAAUGGAAGUGACAGCUACAUCGCCUCUGGCUCAACGAGCGGCGAGAUCAUUCUGCACAGCAUCACCACCAACCUCUCCAGCAAGCCCUUCGGACAUGGGCCCAACCAGCCCAUCCAUGACCUGAAGUACUCGUACUUUAAGAAGUCCCUGCUGGGCAGUGUGUCUGACAGUGGCUCUGUGGUCCUGUGGGAUGCCAACACCCAGAAAGACCAGCACACCUUUGAGGGGGCGCACAAGGCCCCUGCAUCUGGGCUGGCCUUCUCUCCCGCCAACGAGCUGCUCUUCGUCACCGUGGGCCUAGACAAGAAGAUCAUCUGCUACGACACCUCCAGCAAGAUUGUCCUGCGCAGCCUGCGAGUGGAGUCCCCUCUCACGGCGAUAGACUUCAUGCCAGAUGGCGCGGUGCUGGCUGUGGGCUCGUCCCAGGGGAAGGUGUACCUCUACGACCUCCGCAUGCUGACCUCCGCUGUCAAGACUGUCGCUGCACACAAGACCUCUGUGCAUUGUCUCCGCUUCCAGAACACCCCGUCCCAUCACAAGUCUGGGAGCAAAGCGCUUUCCAGCAAGACUUCCACCGCCCAGUCUGCUCCCAACAAGAGAGCAGCGGUGAAGACCGUGGACAACAACGGCCCCAGCAGCCUGGCCACCUCCCCUGCACCCCCGUCCCACACUGAGCCGCCCCCCGGGAGCAGGGGAGACCGAGGAGACGGCAAGGCCGAAGGCACAGGAAUCCCACACAGCACUAGCCUGGACGUCUUUCCUUCCAAAGAGACAGAGGCACUGAGAAGCUCAGAGAAGGUCCCCAGCCUCGACAGGUUCAACAGUGUGGGGCGUAACAGCCUGGAUAUCUUCUCGCCUGUGAGAGAUGAUUACAAAACUCAAAAAGCAAGUGGAGACUACAAGAAGGGAGAUGUGCUGGACUUCCUGUCGCAGUUCUCCAGCACCCUCCCGGCUCGCAGGACGCCUCUCGGGACCCCGGGGGUCCAGGGCUACAGUCCCAUGCAGGUGUUUGAUGACUCGCCCAGGCCAGUCAGGGAACAGGAGGAGGAGGAAAUGACCGAAAAGCCCAAAGCUGGCAGGCCGGAGCCAGUCCUACACGAUACUAAACAAGCGGACAAGAUUGGCAGCCCGGGUUCUGAACUGAGCCCCCAGCAUGCCAGGACCUCGGAGCUCAGCCAGAGGAGAGGGAAGGAUGUGCAGGCUGAGCUGCUGUAUGACACCCCAAAAGGAGCCCCUCCUGCAGCGCCUACUCCGGCGGCGUCUUCGGCGAUCGCCGCGGGACUGGCCUCCUCCCUGUCCGAGAGGAUAGCGGAGUCCAUCGGCGGAGAGGGGGGCGGGGCGCCGCCCCUCACUGCCAUCCAGAUCCACUUCAUCCGGAACAUGAUCCAGGAGACGCUGGAGGACUUCAGAGAGGCAUGUCACAGAGACAUUGUCAAUCUGCAGGUUGAGAUGAUAAGGCAGUUCUACAUCCAACUGAACGAAAUCCAUUCCUUGAUAGAGAAGUACUCCGUGACGGACUCGUUGGUAGCGGAAAUCGAAAGACUGAAGGAGGAGAACAAACGACUACGAACCAACUUCUGAAACCUGGCUCACGCCUUGGGCCUUGAGUCCUGACUGACCGGCAGGGAAGCACAGCAGCCUCUCUGAGUGGCAGAGCAGCUUUCCAAAGCACCCCUCGUCCCUGCACUGGGAGGGGUGCUGAAAUAUGCAAUAGAGGGGACCUGCCCCUUUAGGCUGGUCUGCUCCUUUUCUACAGACUGUCUCCCCUAUUACAAAGAAGAAAGAGGACACGGGGGAAAAUGCUGGCUUACACCACCAGGGUUUUUAUACUAGCAGUGUAAUUAUUACAGUAAGGUGCUCUGAUUUUUAACUUCAAUAACAAGUGCCUUUAAUAUCUGAGGUGUUUAAAAACACUUAAAAAAGGACCGAGUUGAAACAUCUGUUGGUUCUCAUUAAAUGCACAAGUUUCUCUUAAGUGCUUGAGAAAUAACUUUUUAAGAUGGCUGUGCAAGAGACCCCAGUUCUCUGUAUUGUAAGGAGAGCCUAAAUUUACUCCCCUCUCUACCUCUAUAGAACUAGAGCUCCUUUCUGUUUUAUACUGUACCUCAUUCUCAUGCAUUAGUCAGUCUGCUGAUGCCAUUAAUUAGCCUACAAUAAUAAGUUACAAUCUGAGAAACCUUUUAUUGUUCCUGGAGAGUGUACAAGUGACCUCUUUAUCCUAACCUAACUGGUGAUAGCUAUUACUUACAGUAAGUUAGGCCGUCUUUCACUUUGACUGGCAUACAGUAUAGAACUCAGGAUGUGAGCUGCAAACUGUUUUUGACAGUUUUCUUCUAAGCUAGCAAGAACAGAAGUCAACUCUUGGGAGUCUUUUGAUUGAGGUGUAAUUCUCAACUGAGUAUUACACCUUAUCUUUCUUGAGUUAUGUUUUAUUGAUCUGGAAGAUUUGCUAAGGUAGAGUUCAGCAAGCGUGUGUGAAAACCUUGAAACGUUUGUCAUUGAUCGUUUGAAUUCAAGUUAUGCUGAUUGGGAGAGAUGCUGUGCCAAACCAGCAGUUCUUGUCACCUCCAUGAUUUAUCUAACAGGUGAUCUCCAUGACGGGCUUUAUCUCUAAGCCUGAUGGUGAGUGUACUCAAAACAAAAUUCUUUAAAUAUAUAAAAUGACUAAUGCGCUAAUGUAAGACCUAAAGCCCUAAUGUUUUUUAAAAGGGUUGAUUGGAAAAUACAACUGCAUAAAUAUCUUCUGGUUUAAAACCGGUACUUAGAAAUAAGGUGUACAUACUCUGGGCUUCUUCAAGGUUUGUGUGCAUUAUAUCACCUGUUGACCUUAAAACUAAAUUUCCAGUUGAGGAAUCCACUUUGAGGCUACUCCUAUCCAACAAGGCAAAAAAACACUUGCCAAAAAAAAGCACAAGCUUUCUUACAUAAUUUAUCGUAUCAAUGCAAAAUGCAUUUUUAAACACAGCAAUAAAAUGUCAGUUUACUAAUUAA